CUGCCUGCGGUGGCCAUGGGUCUGAAAAGCGCCCAGAAGGCCUUGUUCCCCUUGCGCUCCGUCUCCGAUGUGGUGCGCCUCUUCGAGCUGGAACUCCACCGGGAGCAGCCGGAUCUGGUGCUCCUCUCCUUGGUUCUGGGCUUCGUGGAGCACUUCUUAGCCGUCAACCGAGUUCUUCCCACCAACGUUCCUGGCAUCAGCUUCGAGCUGGCUCAGGGUCCCGAAAACCUCACCUACUUCCCCGUGGCUGACUUGAGCAUCGUGGGCGCCCUGCAUGCCCGCUUCACCGCCCAGAUCCGUGGCGCCGUGGAUCUCUCGCUCUACCCCCGGCCGGACGGUUACUCCUCCCGGGAACUGGUCAAGAAAGUCUCGGACGUUAUCUGGAACAGCCUGAGCCGUUCUUACUUCAAGGACCGAGCCCACAUCCAGUCUCUCUUCAGCUUCAUCACAGGUACCAAGUUAGAUAGUUCUGGAGUGGCCUUUGCGGUGGUCGGAGCCUGCCAGGCCCUGGGGCUCUACGAUGUGCACCUGGCACUCUCAGAAGACCACGCGUGGGUUGUGUUUGGCAAGGACGGGGAGCAGACGGCCGAGGUCACGUGGCACGGGAAAGGCAAUGAGGACCGGCGUGGGCAGACGGUCAACUCGGGCGUGGCUGAACGGAGCUGGCUCUACCUUAAGGGGUCCUACCUGUGUUGCACUCGGCAAAUGGAGGUUGCUUUCAUGGUCUGUGCCAUCAACCCCUCCAUUGACCUGCACUCCGACAGCCUGGAGUUGUUGCAGCUCCAGCAGAAGCUAUUAUGGGUCCUCUACGACAUGCACCAUUUGGACAGGUAUCCAAUGGCCUUGGGGAACUUGGCUGAUUUGGAAGAACUGGAACCUACUCCGGGCCGUCCUGACCCCCUCUAUAUAUACCAACAGGGGAUCAACUCAGCCAAGCAAUAUUACAACAACGAGCACAUUUACCCGUACAUCUACCUGGCCAGCUACCACUGCCGUAACAAAAAUGUCAAGGAAGCUCUGGAGGCGUGGGCUGACUCAGCUACGGUGAUCCAAGAUUACAACUACUGCCGAGAAGAUGAAGAGAUUUAUAAGGAAUUCUUCGACGUGGCCAAUGACGUGGUUCCCAAUUUGCUCAAAGAAGUGGCCAGCCUCGCGGAUUCUACUGAAGAGAAGGGAGCUGGGGAAAGAGGAGAGGCUUCGCCAUCUCAAACGGGAGGCUCGGCCUUGCAGGACCCCGAGUGCUUCGCCCACCUUCUGCGCUUCUAUGACGGCAUCUGCAAAUGGGAAGAGGGCAGCCCCACGCCCGUCCUCCACGUGGGCUGGGCCACCUUCCUGGUCCAGUCCUUGAGCCGCUUCGAUGGGACGGUGCGGCAAAAGAUAACCCUGGCGAGCCGGGACCUGGAUGCGAACGAUGACGACGACCAAGGCAGUGAGGACCCCCGAGAAGGCCGGCGUCGUGGUCCUCGCCGAGAAUCCAAGCCGGAAGAGCCGCCCCUGGCCAAGAAAGCCACAGAACGCCGGCGUCUGAGCACCACCCAGCGAUCCGACAGGCCACUUACGGAGAAGGAGGAGGGUCUCAGCAGCAGCUCCAGCCCCCGUCCCGAAGGCCUCGCCCUCACCUUCCAGAGUGAGAAAAUGAAAGGCAUGAAGGAGCUCCUGGUAGCGGCCAAGAUCAACUCCAGCGCCAUCAAACUCCAGCUCACGGCCCAAUCGCAGGUCCAGCUAAAAAAACAGAAGGUUUCCGCUCCCCGAACUUACGCCUUGUCCUUCCUCAAGCGACCCCGGAAGUCCCUCUGAUUCUGGAGCAAAACCGGACGAGAAAACUUUCCGAUUUCUUUGGCAAAAGUUUGCCCACUUCUCCCUUCCUCCAGUUUUCCCCCUGGCCAAUGUUUUGAGAAGACCUGGUUAUCAUCUUCAGGUGUUGGCCGCUUGGGUCUCAUACCUUGCUUGGAAAUUGAGCUUUUAAAGGUGGGUUUUGUUUGGUUCCUGCCUGGAAGAGCUGAACUUGGAGGGGUCCAGAGAUGAAACACAACACCCCAGAGGUUGUGUAGGUUUUUUGUGUAGACAAAAAACAACAACGGGGACUUGAAAUGACAUCGGACUGUGCGAAAGGACUUGUUGAACAAUUUUUUUACCUCUCUCUCUUAGUCUCAUAUUUGCAAAUGGGACGGGGGAUAAUUUUGCUUUUCUAACGAACAGGGGAUAUAAAUCUUUUUUUAACGGCUGAAUACCCUAACAGGACUGAAUAUCAAAAC